AAGAAAGAAGAAAAAAGCACCCGAGACAGGAAUGGAAACUGAGAGGGUUAAUGAGAAAAUCAUCAUAAAGCAGCGAUGUGAGACCCACCAAAUUAAUGUAGGCAAGGACCAAGAAGAACCCAUGGCUCUUUCUCACUGUUCUUCUCUCUCCAAACCAAACCAUCCCACUGAUUCUUCACCCAUGAUUAAGCAGAAACCAUCACUGGAGGCCCAGAAAAGGAUGGUCCCCAGAAAGCCUAAAUGUCUCAAAUCUAAGGCCAAGCAGGUAGUUUCUGAUAAACCCCGGAAUCCUGGGAGAUAUGAACGUAAAAGGACCAGGAGGGCCAGGUUUGAUGAUUUGUAUGACAAUAUUGAAGCUAAGUUUACCGUUAUGGAGCGAGCGGGAGUGGUCCUGGAAAAUCUAGAUGCUGAAUCGCCCAGCUUUGUUAAGUGUAUGCUCCCAUCAAAUGUUGCCCAUGGUUUUUGGCUGAUUCUUCCAAAGAAAUUCUGCAACUUGCAUUUGCCCAGCUAUGAUGCUACAGUUAUUUUGGUGGAUGAAUGUGGGGAUGAAUACGAAACAAAGUAUCUUCUGGGAAGACAUGGAUUGAGUGGUGGAUGGAGGGCAUUUUCCAUUUCUCACAGAUUACGCAAGGGAGAUCUUUUGGUUUUCCAUUUGGUUGGAACUUGCAAAUUAAAGGUGCACAUAGUUAGAGUGUAUGGCUUAGAUGAAGUAGAUGCAGCCCUUUGCCUUAUCAAUUUAGAUGCUUAUGCAAAAAGAACAGGUUCUGAUUAUGUACAGAAAGGUAGUAAAGUGCGGAGAAAAGCCAAGAAGUGGGACGAGCCUUUUCCUUUGGACAUAUGUCAACCCCAAGGGAAUAUUCAAAAGAUUUGCACAAGGGUAUCAAGUACUAACAGUGGCCUUGAAGCGGAUAGACCUGAAAAUAACAGCAUUGGUUUUGGCUCGCAGGUUUUCGAAGGUAUGCAAAUUUUAGGAUCAAAUUUUAUGUCUCGUAUCGAGCAAAUCCUUAUGAAUCCUGAUAUGUUUCAUUGUAUAUUCUGA